AUGUCGGACUACGAUGCCUUCGACCGCAACAUGCGAGCUUCUGUUAAGCGCAACGGUGAAAUCGACGACGUUCGCUACUGCAAUCUCAUGCUUCCUCGCAGCGGCCCCGAGUCUCCCGGGCCUCAUUCCGAUGUGAAAGGACUAAUGUCAUGGCCGCGUAUCUGCGGCGUCUUGACUGACGAAGAGAUUGCUCACACGAUAGAGACAGAUUCAUCGUGGACGUCUAAACCGCGCGGAUGUCGACUGCGCAUUACGGUCACAGAUCAGGAAUCUGAUGAUGACUCUGAUGUCCUCUUGGAUGAGGAGGAUAAAAGGGGACCUUGGGAGUCGCACGAAAUUCCUGGCAAAAACAGGAGGAGGGCGGACCUGACCUCGGUCGACCCAAUCGUGUGCCUGGAUGCUAGUGGCGUUGGUACCUCAUAUGUGCUGAGCCUAGGGCUGCUGAUCAAGACGCCAUCUUUGGGCCGGGUGACGGAGGUGGUGCUGGAAGAGAAUACAAAGAAGACCCUUGCGCAGGUGCCUCCGGCGUGGACGAACUACAGCUUUAUCACGCUCGCUAAAGUGUUCAGUAUCAUUGCUAUCGCACUAGAACGUGUAGAGUUCCUUGGCAUCCACUCAGAGAUGGGAGAAGCGCUAGGGAAAGCGAGAUUAGAGAUUCAGGAAGAACUCUUGAGAAGCCUGGAGGCUCACAAGAACGAUACAAACACACUACAGAUUGCAGCACCCGUGCUACCGUUUCUGCCACUUGAUAAAAUCUGUGGUGGUAGGCAACUUCUGAGCUUGAAAAGCUUACAAGGGCUCGUCUCGAGGGUUGUGCCUUAUUAUGCCGUUGCCCCGAGGGUUGAGGUGCAUGAGGGCUCAUGUGGAUGUUUACUACCUGGGGGUAUGACAGAAGGAGACAAGGGACCCGGUAUCUCUGAAGUCAAAACCACUCCAAGGAGAUUCUAUGACGCCUUGCAGAGUAGCGAGGCCGAUCUCAAAGACAAAAUAGUGACCAGACCGGUGGAUGAACCGGUGGAGAGCUACAUAGCACUCUCGUACCCUUGGAACUCGUACAGUUCUCAAGAUCUGGAAAGGAUCAUUGGCAUAGUCCAUGAGGUAUUGAAGCACCGCUACUUCUGGGUCGACCGAUGGUGCAUAGACCAAGACAGCUACGAGGACAAAGAAACCGAGGUACCCAAGAUGAAAGACUACUACUCGAACGCUGAGUAUACUCUGAUCCUUCCUGGCAUGACAUUCCCACUCGAACUUGCACAGCUGAAGGCAGAGGGCCCUAAAGUUCGGGUAUACAGCCCAGAGCUAGUUCAGCAGGUCAAGCAGACAUGGGAGAGCUGCGAGUGGAGAAAGCGCUGCUGGACAUUGCAGGAAGCCAUCAUGAGCAAGCACUGCACCUUCUGGACAGGUCAAGAAUCAGCCCCCCUGAUCGAUUGCUCACAGCUCGUGGGAGUUUUAUGCAGUUCGCCGUUUGGUGACAGCUAUAUAAAUACCCUCCCUCACCUGUCAAUGGAAGUAGGCCAUACGGACGAAAAAACCUUGGUGGCCAUGGCAGCGACGAUAGCGGACCCGACAGAGGAAUCUGUAUAUCAGAGGGCAAUAGUCAGAUGUUCUACUCACGGCACCAUCCCAGACGCGAAUGCUUGCAAACGUCCUUUGGCAGUGCUGCUGGACAAGUUGCGCGGGCGGGAAGCGACUCUAGAGCUGGAUGAGUACUACAGCCUCUUCUCCAUGGCAUCGGAUAAGCUUCCCGCUGUUGAUUACCGAAUCGACGUUGUUCAACUCGUAGAGAGACUCUUGGGUACUGGUGCUCUAGGUGCCAAUAUCUUAUUGACAAGCACUAGGCGAGACAGUGUUGUCAAUAGGAGUUGGGUGCCUAAAAUUUGCGCACAGCGACAAUUCUCAAUGAUGGGAGAUGGUAUAAACGCGGCGCAUCCGCAAAUCUCUGAUGGUGUAAUGGUAGUCGCUGCAUUUCCAGUUAGGAUGAAGACUGCAGAUGAUGGCAGCAGCGACUACUUUGCUGAGGGCACCAAGAUUUACAUGGUGUACUCCUACCCAGCAGAAAAGCCCUUUGAUGUUGACAUGGACUUUACUAUACGUCGGAGACUGAAGAAGGCGAGCCAAUAUCUCUUCAUACAGCCGGUGCAGUGGGAUUUCUCAGUGUUCACCAGUGGUUUAAUACUCUUGGCCACUGAGGAAAAGCAACCAGGAGAACACCGAGUGAUGGAUGCUACUAUCAUGGACAACAUGACACAGCAUACAUUUUUGCAAAACCGCCAUUUUCAUGAUGGCAAACCAUUUCGUCUUGUCUAG